AAACAAUGGAUGCCAACCCGUUUGACCAAACUCCCCUACUGCUUCAUUGAAAUAGCCUAAGUUCGACGAUGCAAAACACAGGAAAUAGGAGACACGAUCCAGUUGAAAAUAUAAUGCUACAUUUGCCUAGUGAAAUAAAUAGAACUUAUCAGUCAGGAUCCAGCUCUCCCUUUGUGGCACAGAAGACCCUUAACGACAAAGAAAUUGACUACACAAUAUUUUCUCCUGACUUUUAUCCUCAUGGUUUAUUUGGUAAACAAGUUAAGCAAGAUACAGAGCAGAGCAAUUUCUUUGCCAAUUUGUGCAAUCCAGAAAUAUUUCCUAAAUUAGAAGGAGGCCCAGAAGCAUCAAAUAAAGCUAGGAGAAGGCCAGAUAUACAGCAUAGAAAGAUGCUUAGGAUCUUGAGAAAGUUUUAUAAUGGCCUCUUUCUGUACCAUAACGAUAAGCUUAAAAACAAGAGACUUACUUCUGUACAUUCAGAGGUAAUUUUAGAUGCACUCAUUCAUCUUGCGAAAGUGUAUCUUCCUGAAGUACCUCCUGAAUCAAUGGCUGAGUUCUUGUUCAAGUUCCUAAGCCUUCAUUCCAAAGACAGUUGAGAUUUAGAAUCUGAGGCUGCUCAGCAAGGGCAAAAUGCUUUCAACUGCACUUAUUAUUAUCGUAAAAAGUACUUUAAAGUCUUAUUUGAGUCAGAAUACUUCAGAUGCCUUGUGAAAUCAUUCAUAAGCUUGAGGAGCACUCCUGUUUCAUCAAUGUCAGGUCUUAGAUUGGAAUGGAACUGAGAAAAUCAUCAUAAUUCCAGUAAGAAAAAAUUGGAGAAGAUUCUGUCAGAAUGCUUGUAUAAAACAUUUCCUGCACUUGUUGAAGAUUGCCUGAAUCAGACAUAUCAGAAAUGAGAACAGCUUGAGGUGGCUAUAGAGCCUAGAUCUGAUGUCUAA